CGGUGAGCGAGCCGCAGAGUCAGAGCGGGACAGAGCUGUGAGAAGACACCGAGCUGUAGCUGCUUUAUUACCGCAUAGGUGUUUUAGCAAAACUGUCAACCUAAGACUGGCGCAGCUGACAGAAAGUAGCAAACUAAACACACCGUUGCUUCUGUUUAUUUUAAGGUUGACGCAUGCGAAGAAAAGCUAGAAAAUCCAUAUGAGGAUUUUCUGUUGUGACAAUUCUCAGCUGCUCCGCUUUGGAGCAAAUAAGUGCGAGUCGCUCUCAGUGUUUCUUGGCUUCACCUGGAGUUGUAUGACUUGAAGACUUGGCUAGACUUCACCGCCGACAUGAGAGCCCAAAUAGAGGUGAUUCCGUGUAAAAUCUGUGGGGACAAAUCAUCAGGGAUUCACUAUGGUGUCAUCACCUGUGAAGGCUGCAAGGGUUUCUUCCGACGCAGCCAGCAGAACAAUGCUAUGUAUUCCUGCUCACGACAGAGGAACUGUUUAAUUGACAGGACCAACCGUAACCGUUGUCAGCACUGCAGGCUGCAGAAGUGUCUUGCGCUGGGCAUGAGCCGUGAUGCGGUCAAGUUUGGUCGAAUGUCCAAAAAGCAGCGCGACAGCCUGUAUGCAGAGGUCCAGAAGCACCAGCAGUCCCAGGAGUCUGCGGGGCUCAGUGUCCGCGAGGAGAAUAGCAACAUGGCCGACCACUGCCGCACUUACAGAAGAGGCUCCAGCACCACGCUCAGCGACCUGGACGACAUCACCAUGCUGCCAGAAGGCCUGCUUUUAGAUCUGCCGCUGACCCCAGAGGAUGGAUGUAGCGAGUACUGUAACCUGGACAUGAUGGGUGGCAGCGCAGGCAGCAGCUCAUCCUCUCAGAGUUCACCAGAACAGACCAACUACGACUUCGUAGAAGCCCACCACAGCAUCAAGCAUGAGUACCAGCUGUUGCACGACUCUGGACUCUUCUCACAUGCUAUCCUCAACCCGCUGCCCGAGGGCUGCUCCCUGCUUGAGAUAGAGCGUAUAACUCAGAGUGUGCUGAAGUCCCAUAUAGAGACGAGCCAGUACAGCACAGAGGAGCUAAAGAGAAUUGCGUGGACCUUGUAUAGCCCGGAGGAGAUAAGCUCAUACCAGACCAAGACAGCUGAGGCGAUGUGGCAACAAUGUGCCGUUCACAUCACCAAUGCAAUCCAGUAUGUGGUAGAGUUUGCCAAGCCCAUCGCUGGCUUCAUGGACCUCUGCCAGAAUGAUCAGAUUAUCCUCCUCAAAGCAGGCUGCAUGAAUGUUCUUCUGAUCCGUAUGUGUCGGGCCUAUAACCCCAUCAAUAAUACAUUGCUCUUUGAUGGAAAGUUUGCCACUGCUGAUCUUUUCAAAGCCCUUGGCUGUGACGAUCUUGUGAAUGCAGUGUUUGACUUAGCUAAAAGCCUGAGCCGUAUACAGAUGUCCGAGGAAGAGAUGGCUCUCUUCAGUGCUGUCGUGCUGCUUUCACCAGACCGACCCUGGCUGACAGAUGUUCAGAAGAUACAGAAGUUGCAGGAGAAAGUCUACGUGGCUCUGCAGCGCUGCCUACAAAAAGAGGGAGCAUCAGAAGAGAAACUAGCCAAGAUGGUGUCCAAGCUUCCCAUCCUGAAGUCCAUUUGCAACCUUCACAUCGACAAACUGGAGUUUUUCCGUCUGGUCCACCCUGAGACAGCAUAUACCUUUCCUCCUCUGUAUCGGGAGGUUUUUGGCAGUGAAAUCUCCUUCCCAGACUCCACAGAGGGCUAACAACGUAUAGCUAAAUAGUGGGAUUCAAACAGAGACGUUGAGGUGUAGGGAGGGGGAGAUAAUGUGGCAACCAGCUGAGGCUAAAACCAACCAGCAGCUCAAUGACAAUCCUGCACGCUACACUUUAGGACACACUCCUCUCACCGAUGAGCUCCCAACCCCGUGGAGGAGCUCACACUGCCCUGCAAGCCAGUCCGUUCAGCUUCAGCGUAACACUAUAGGAACUGCUGCUGCAGUGCAUGUUACCCCUUUUUUAGGGACUUAUUAAAGAGUAGCCGACAUUUGUAUUCUCAAAAAUAUUUUUCUAUGAGAAGACCUUACCUCUCAUGAAGCUGAAUUUGACUUUCACCAUUCUCACAGUUCCUGUAAGCUAUUGUUGAAUGUAUCCCCCUUUUCCCCUUUACCCUUCAGCACAGCCCUAGGCUCGAUAUAGAAUGUACAUACUUAAAAUCCUCACCCACUUCGUGGCGGUUUGCAGUAUUUGCAUUCAUUAUUUUCGGUAGCACCCAUAUUUCGCAGUUUUGUAAUGUACGAACAAACUGUUUAAAGGGACCAUGAUCAAACUCACAAACAGACAGGGUUUUUAAACUGUGUGAAUCAAGGGCAGACAUUUAGAGUGUCGGCCACUGUGCACCUACAAACUCUUGCUUACAGAGCCCAACACAUGGCACUUAUCUUUGUAGGUAUUUUUACUAGCACACCUACAGACACUGACAUAAGUGAGCUCUUUUCUUUUUUUAUGCAAUCAGUGACCUCAGCCCUAAUACCUUUUCCCUUUGAAAAUGCCACUUUGAGAGAAUCACAAAGGCAUUUUGAAAGUAUUUUCAGAUGCUCCUUUUAUAUAUAUA